UAAUUCUCCAAUCGUGAUGACAGACAUCAUAAGCACUACUAAGCAACAACUAAAGUUCAAAGAAAUCGAUGACACCUUUGAUGAAUAUCUGAAUGACUUCGAUUUCUCCACACAAGUCUUCGAUGCCACUCUGGAGCAUAAUUUCGACACAAAAACAGCCCAUACAGCUCUAAUGUCUGACAAAGAGAAAAUCAAGGACGAGCGAAGAAGACAACGAAAACGAAAACAAAGAGAGACUAAAAGUGAUAUGAAGAGAAACUACUACGACCACCUCAAUCAAGAUAUCAACCAAAAGGCAUUAGAUACCACCCUUAACACAGUUGGGUCAUCUCAGAAUACAAAAAUUCCUAAAACAAUGGAGAAUCAUUUUACAGAAUCUAGACGUGAAUGAGUAGGAAAAAUACAGCUUACUCCAGUACUUCCUCCUUCUGUAGAUCCUGUUUUUACAGCUCCAACUAUCAAAACAGGAACAGGGGAUCAUACUUUCCCAAAAUAUUGUGAAGUACACCAUGAGAAUAUGGUCACUCAUUAUUAUGAAGCAGAGCAGGUAUUCAUCUGCUCUGAGUGUCUCUCUUCCAGAUCACUUGAUUCUUCUCGGAUACAAUCCCUUGAGUAUCUAUCCUCUCUAAUUUCUCAGAGAAUAGCUAGCCUGAAAACUCUAAAUGAGUCUAAAAAGUCUGAAACAAUAAGUAUCGUCGGCACCCUCAAAAGCACAAAGCUCAACGGCCAUAGUGCGCUGCAAGAUUGGAAACAAGAGAUAGCAGCUUUGGUCAAUGAAUUUUAUGAGAAACAAGCGAACAAAAUCAAUGAGAUCAUUAAGAAGAAACAACAAAAUAUAGAAGCGGCGGUUAGCUUUGUUAAUAAUUUGGACCAGAAUAAGCUAGAAGUUCUUUCCCAGCCAGGAAGGAGAUUCACCAGUUCUCAUGAGGUUUCUAAAUUCCUUGCUUUAUUGAACCGAUUUGAGGUGUUUAUUAAUCAAAAGGAGCAGAAGAUACAAGGCUUAAGGACGAUUCAGAGACAAAUCCAGGAGGAGAUCAAUGAAAUAAUCGAAAGUAAAAAUUCAAUGAAGACAAAUAUUAUAUCUAUAUUAGCAAACCAGCCUAUAAAGAGCCCGGUUCAAUUAGACAUGAAGGUAGCUCCUGUUGACAAAGAGAACAUUGUUCCAGACAAUACCAAUCUCCUUGCAAAAGCAAACCCCAACGCUAGUGUUCACGACAGCGUAAAGAAGAUAUUAAAGAAAAGUCUCGAGCAGAAAGCAGAAGAGCUAGUCAACCCUAAAGCUGCAAUAAACUUGAGAGAUUUUGAAGGUAACAAAGAGAACUCUUUAUUUAAGCUUGAAUCUGACCGAACUCCUUUAGGCAUUCUCAAUGAUGGAAACCAAAUUGAAGAUGAUUACUCUACAUCAGAUUUGAACUUUAAAGAAUAUAUCAAACCAGAGAUACCAGAACAGGAAAUCAAUGUCCCUAGAGAAGAAAAUGAAGAAAAGGUCAGCAUUCUUAGUGAUCUACCAAUUCGAGAAUACCUCAAUAUGAACAAGAAUUUCCAAGUCAAAAGAAUAGAAAUGGAGCCAGAUGGAGAAGCUCUCAGACUAGAAAGUUUAGACAGUUUUAACGGAUUCACAGUGCUCAAACAUUUUCUUUCAAUGCCAAAUGUUGUCCCUUUCAUGAUAAACACGAAGCUAAAAUAUUGAUCAAGCUUCAUAUUCUACAACACUGAAAGCUUUGAAAUCAUAAAAAGGGUAGAUCUUUGCCAAAAUCACAUGCAUCCAUUACUAAGCAUCACAAAUAUUGGAAAGAAAUGGUAUUUCCUUCAAAGAGAGAAUACAACGAAGACAGUAAGAGAUAAACCAAGAUGAUACCUGUACAAACUCCUAUACAUUAAUGUUCAAGAUGACAUUUCAGAGUGUAUCUUCCAAGAAUAUAUCCAAGAGAAGAAAGCUCUAAUGGCUACAUCCCAGAAUAAGCUCUACAUCACAUUUAUUAACCAUAAAACAUUGAUGUACGACACUGAUAGCCAGAAAUGGGAGAAACUGCCUGGCUUGAAGCUUCCAAUUAAAGGAAACUCAAUGAUCAGGAUGCAUGUGAUCAGAAACGAAGUUAUCUAUAUAUUCUGGACAGGAUUUAGCUCAGAUCUUGGCAACAAUAUUUAUUACCUCCAGCUCGAAGAACAGGAAUAUUGGAACAGGCUUUCUAUUGAAGUUGAUGAAAGGGAUAGGCAACUCUCAAAAUGAGGAAUCAUCUAUCUCUCUCCUAAAACUGAGAACGAUCACGAUGCUUUCAUCAUCUUCGGAGGAGUCCAAAAGAACGCUAUGACUGGCCUUUCCUAUGAGUACGACACUAAGACCCAGUUAGUUCUGAGACGAAACCAAUACGCUUGACUGGUCAGGGAUCAUUUCGGAGCUGAAAGCUAUUACCAAAAAGAUGAUAAACACAUUUUUGUGAUUGGAGUAUCUACAAUGCAUAUCUUUGAUAUUUCCCAGAGAAAAUGGGAUGUAAAAUCACUUGAAGAAUAA